GUUUUCAAUUCCAGAAAAAAGAAACAAUUCUAGAGAGAGAGAGAAGAGCUGCAAUGGAUGAGAAGUUCAAAAUUCGCCAUCAUACCGUUGAAAAUAAAAUCGUGCUGAGCCAUGACUUAAUUCAAGCAGCUGAAUGUCUAAUACUGUGCUGUAAUUCUACCUUUCAUUUUUGGGGUGACUAAUUGCAAAGCUUUCUCUCUCUAGCACUUUGGAUUCUUGCUUUUCUCUCUCUAGUAAGUCUUUAGAAUUGGUUGCAAACUUGCAAUUGGGGAACAUCUAGCCCCUCGUGUAUUUGGAUUUCAGAAUUUGAUGAUGAAUUGGAUCGAUAGAGCAGAAUUUUGGCUUGGGUUUUGGAAAAUUGUUGUAGAAUUGUAGAAAAAUAUGAGAAGUGGGGGAGAUCUGGCCUUCUCUGCACUCGGUUUAGUUGAUGAGAUCCAAGAUUUGUUUGUAGUUGGGUUUUCAGAAUCUGUUUUAAGAGCUUACCCUGGCAUAACUUACUGGGUUGACCAUGGGAUUAGUUAUUGUGAUUUGAAGAGCAGUUAUGGAGUCUAUCUCUAUGGUAUGAUUUUUAGUUAAUCCAUUUUUUGCCGACUUAAAACGGAGAUUGAGGAGCUUCUUGUUUUUGAUUGUUGAGAGUGAGGAGCAUUUGAGGCAAGGAUUUCGGACUCUCUGUCUAUGUUUUGAUGAUAUACAUCUUUAAAAAUUUGAAGAAUUUGUUGAGAGAGUGUUCCGGAGUCGGAAAAUUAAGGACUCCUUCCCCACUCAUACUCUUAAUGGUUUGGAUCAAUUUGUUAGUAGGAACCCUUCUUUUCUUCUGGUUUUUGAGUUAGCUGUAGAAAGAGAAUUACGAGUUUUUGUUUCAGAGUUUUGAGAUUAGUAUAUUUAGUUAUACAACUUAUUGAUGUUGUUCUUGUAGUGGAAUUAUUUUUGAUACUUUCUCUGGUUUUACCUUUAACCCUCUCGGUUCAUAUAGUUUCUUUUCUUUCGUUGUAAUAUUCACAGGGAAUUUAGUAUUUUAUUGACACAUCGUUCUUUUAACAUUCUGUACUCUAUAUCCUUUUUUCAUGUCUCUUCUCUAUGAUUUCUCAUAACAUAAAAAUUGCAGAAGUAUCCAGUGAUUGGGAACUUAAUUUUAGUUUCACUUGGCUUAAGAAUUCUUUGUGAUUAACUCCACCUUUCUGCUGGUUCCUUAUACUUGUUGCAAUUUCACUGAGAAAUGGGGAUAUUCUGAUUAGACUUUUCCAAACCAUUCCAAUUUUUGGGGUCUGUUAUGGCUUUUGUGGAACACAGUAAAUGGAUCAUCUUUCUUUUUCUCGCCAUGGCUGCGAUCUCUUUUCAAGUUUCAAAUGGUGACCCAAGAACAGGCAUUGCAGCAAUUAUUUGUGGCACUGAAAUGGCAGAGAAUGGUGCAAUUCUAGCUAAAACGUUUGUGCCUGGAAUGGAGAAUUUGAGUACCAUGAUUAACCAAGAUGGUUUUGGAACUGCAGUUGUGGGGUCGGGUCCAAAUGCCUUUUAUGGAUUGGCUCAGUGUAUGAAAGACCUUAACUCCAUCGAUUGUAGGCUAUGCUAUUCUGAAAUGAGAUCUCUGCUUCCAACCUGUUACCCCAAAACCGGGGGUAGGAUCUUCUUAGAUGGGUGUUUUGCUAGAUAUGAGAACUACUCGUUCUUUGAUCAAGCCAUGGAUAAAUCAGAUACUAAGGUUUGUUAUACUGGUAGAAAUAGCACAAGGCCUGAAGCUUUUCAAAAUCUUGUUCGAGAGGUAGUUGGAAAUGUGAGCUCAGAGGCUCAGAAAAGAAAUGGGUCCAGCGUGAAUUCGAUUUCUGAUUCAAAUUUGGUGGUCUAUGCUUUGGCUCAGUGUUGGGAAAGCAUUAACACGAGCCUUUGUAAAAGCUGCCUCGAAGAUGCAGCCAUGGCUGUGGUCUCUUGCACCCCUGGGACUGAGGGACGUGCCCUUAAUGCAGGGUGCUAUCUGCGCUACUCUACGAGUCUCUUUUGGAAUGUGUAUGCCACAGAUGUUCAGUCAUCGGGGAAAAGCAAGACCUUCUGGAUCAUUUUGGCAGCUGUUCUCGCUGGUAUUUUGCUGAUAUCAGGAAUUCUGAUUUGGAAGACUACAAAUGUUUGUAGCAGAUCGAAAUCGAGAACUCUAAGAGGAUUAUCUUCUUUUUCCGAUUCCAGGCUCACUUUUAAGUACCGAGAACUUAAACAUGCCACUGGAAAUUUUGAUAAUGCAAAUAAGCUUGGACAAGGAGGUUAUGGUACUGUUUACAAGGGUGUACUUUCUGAUGGGAGAGAAGUUGCUGUGAAGAGGCUGUUUCUCAAUACGAGACAGUGGAUUAAUCAAUUUUUCAAUGAGGUGGAUCUGACAAACAGGGUUCGGCAUAAAAAUUUAGUGAAGUUGUUGGGUUGCAGCAUAGAUGGUCCUGAGAGCCUUCUUGUUUAUGAAUUCUAUGUCAACAAGAGUCUGGAUAAUUUCAUAUUUGAUUCUAAUCAAGCUAAGCUGCUGGAUUGGCAUAAAAGAUUUGAUAUUAUAUUAGGUGUUGCUGAAGGCCUGUCCUAUCUUCAUGAGGAGUCGGAAAUCCGGAUCAUCCACAGGGAUAUCAAGGCUAGUAAUAUCCUCUUGGAUGAUAAAUUAAAGGCCAAAAUAACAGAUUUUGGGCUUGCAAGAUCUUUUGCAGAGGAUCAAACCCAUCUUAGCACUGGAAUCGCAGGGACAUUGGGUUAUCUGGCUCCUGAAUAUAUAGUCCAUGGACAGCUUACUGAGAAAGCAGAUGUAUACAGCUUUGGAGUUCUUAUUCUUGAAAUUAUAACCGGUGAGCGGUGCAAUGUUGGAAUUGGAGCACAACCUGGCAAAUUUUUCCUCGCUAAGAUAUGGAAUCACUAUAAAGCCAACAAAGUUGAGGGAAUAAUAGAUGACAACAUAUACAAUGAGUGCUUCCGGGAUGAGAUCUUGCAUGUGGUGCAAGUGAGUCUUUUGUGCACACAGGCCACCCCAAGCUUGCGACCGCCUAUGCCAAGGAUUGUAGAGUUACUGAGAAGUACUGAUGCGCAUGAGCUUGUUCCUACCGAUCCCCCCUAUUUAGAUGUUCUAAACGAACAUUUGAGAGGAGAAACUGAAGUCUCGGAUCGUUUAUCUGUCCCUUGUGCUAUGAAUUUUUCAGUGUCAUCUGCUUCCUCAAGUGGGAUAAAAGGCAGAUGAAGGAUGAGAAAUAACCACCUUGUUUUUCUCAUUUGGGAAUUAUUGAGCCACAAAUCAUGAUUUUCAGGUCCUUUAUCUUGUUGGUGAGAGGGUCUUUUGUAUCUGAGGUUCCACAAUGAGGUCCUGAAAGCCCGAUCAGGAUGGCCGUCCCCUCCUUUAUUGUUUUCAGCAUGUCACUCCAUUCAGGAAAUGUGCACAUGAGAUGUUGCUCUAGUGAAUGUCCUUAUGUAACCGGUCACAGUUUUAUCAAAUUUUCAGGUUUUUAUACCUAAUUUAGGGUUAA